UACCAGAAAUACCUCGCUUCCGAGUUCGAGUCGGUGAUUUAUCUCACUAAAUUCUAAGAUCUUUCUUCAGUUGUAGUAGAUUUGGAUUUAAGUCUGUCGACGAUUAAUCAGAAAUAACUGUCUGGUAUGACUAGCUAUGGGUAAAACUGCCAUUUAAGUCAGAUUCAGUCUCGUCGGAACAACGGAUAGGCAGGGUCUAGACUCAGACUCAGAGACUGAAGCUUUCGAUUCGGUCUAGUCGACGGCGUGGCAUGCUGUCUUGUAGGCCUAAACCUGAUCAAACCAAAACAAGGUAUAUUGUCGCCCAUGUCAUAUUAUCACCAUUUUCGAGAGGACCACAUUUCUGUCAAGUAAGAAGAACAUCUUACACCAUGGAGGGAUUCUGCCUUCUCUAUCUGCUCCUGAUCCUCUUGAUGAGAUCUGGUGACGUUGAAACCAAUCCAGGUCCUAACACUGCAGAAAGUACUGUCAGUGACAUGGAGUUUCUGAAGCUGGCCCAGGCUAUCGCUCCAUCUUACUACAACGCUGUAGGGAUAUCUCUAGGGUUCUCCUAUGCUCAACUACAGGCAAUCCUGGUUGACAAUCCGAAGAGCUUCACCAAUGCGUUACUGGAUGUGUUUAUGAAAUGGAAUGUAAAGCAGCAACCUCCACACUCAAAUAUACGACAGCUUUUGGCAGACAAACUUCAAGAGAUUGACUUGGGUGGUCUAUCAGACGGAUUACUCAAUGGACCUCCAAUUCCAAACAGCACAGGAGGGCCAUCAAGACUGCUCAAAUCACAGACCAAACCCCCUUCAGCUGAAUCUCAGACCAAACCACUUUCUCCUGAACUGGUUGAGCAGUGUGCAAAUGAUUUCAAGUUCAAGUACAGGUCAACUGUCUGUAAGAUCAGAGCUGAUCCUCUCAAUCCUGCUUCCACAGUACAGUUUGACGACAUGUAUACUAAUCUCUUCUUACAAGAAGAACAUGGGACAGAGAAGCGAAUGCUAGAUUACAAUGAUAUCCUUCAUCUUAAAGUCAAUGGAGAGUUCCCCAAGCGGAUCAUGGUUCAGGGAGAGGCAGGGGCUGGAAAAACUACAUUUUGUGCUAAGAUUGCCUGGGACUGGAUUGAAGGGAGGCAUUUUAGUCCCUUUGUGUGGGUCUUGAUUGUUCCUUUACGUGAAUUUAAGCAACACUCUAUUGGCAAGAUUGCAAAGUCUUAUCUGGCCAAAAACAAUCCAGCAACAGUUUCUCAGAUUACUGAGUAUAUCCGGUCAAAUCCUGACAAGGUGUUCAUCGCAUUCGAUGGGCUAGACGAGGUAAGUGGCAAAGUCAUGAUGCCAAAAUCCUGCGAAUCACCGCCUACCGAUCAAAUGCAUUUUCAGCCAUCACAGCCACCAAGUGUCGACUCUUCAGUGGCAUGUGGAAGCUCAUCUGAGCCUGGUGAUAUUGGACUUGUAGAUAUUCUUCGUUCAGAUCAACUUGCCUCUUGCCCAGUCUUGGUGACUACUCGCCCAUGGAGGGCAGUAGAGAUUAGAUCAGAUGGUGAUCUAAUGAAGGUCUACACAUUCAUUCAUAUUGAGGGUUUCAACAGAGAGAAUUUGUCAGUUUACAUUCACAAAUACUUUCCAAAGAACGAUGAUAAAGCAAAUCAGCUUAUCCAGUUCAUCAGUGAGAACGAUGUCAUAUCUGAGAACAUGGCCCACUAUCCUAUAUAUGUAGCCAUGUUGUGUCUUAUGUGGAAAGAACUUGGUGAGCAAAAACUACAGGAAGUGAAAUCACUGAAAACUUUUUCUCAAAUAUUCAAAACAAUGAUUGCCUUUCUAAAAGAACAUUAUGCUCAGAAAAUGGUAAAGAAAGUAGGCAGCCCUCACUUCAUGCCUAUUUGAAAAAAAUUGAUGAGCUUCUAGGACCGAUUGCCAAACAGGCCCUCAAUGGUCUGCUAGAAAAUACCUUGGUUUUUGGUGAACAUGAUUUUGAAAUAUGCCCAGAAUCCAAGGACACUGCCUGUAGGGUCGGGAUUUUGUCUCAGGAGGACAGAAUUACCACUAGCGUGCACAUACAUAAGGGGAGUUCUUAUGUGCAGUUGCCUGUCUUCUUCCCUCACAAACUGUUUCAGGAGUACAUGGCUGGAUUCCAUCUUGCUUCCUUGUAUGAAUCAGAUCGUAAUGAAUUCAUCAAGCUGAUUGAGCAAGUAGUGCUGCCAAGGAAGGAGGAGUUUAGGUAUCUCCUGUACUUCACUGUGUCACAGAACAAAAGUAUUGCAACCCAUCUAAUGAAGUCUAUGCUACAGGGACUAGGCAUAUUGAACAGACAGACUUCAAAGUACCGGUUUGAGAUAGAUUUCACUGUUGAUGUAACCUUUGAGAGUCAGGACCCAGAUGUAGCAGCCUUGGUGAAAGACAUGAUUUCAUCAAAGGAAAUUACCAUAUCCAGUGACAUGACAGCACACACUGUAGCUGGGUAUACUUUCAUUGGAACACAUGUUCAACUCUGGAUCGAUAGAGAUUGUGGACCUACUAUGUCACUUGAUGUGGCAGAGAUGAUAUGCUCCAUGCCAUCCUUGAAGGAAGUUACUCUUUUUUGUAAUGCAUACGUACAUCAUCGUUUAUUUGCAACACUUGCAAGGAAUGG